GCAGGCAGCCGGAGCGGGGCUUGCCCGGGCAUGUGGGAGCUGCGGGCUGCUUGGACACCACGUGCGGGCCGGAGGACACGCGCCGCGCUUCAGAGCGCCGCCCUGCUGGCAGAUCACCCCCCCGCCCCAGGCCUUACUUGCCCCGAGCGGUGAGCUGACUGGGAUGGUACCCCGGGAAGGCCCUGAGUCUGCGCGGUGCCCGUGCCCUUCCCUGGCUAGCCUGCAUGCCAAGGAUGUGCUCCGGAGGAAGCACAAGAGGAAGAGCCGACAGCACCAGCGAUUCAUGGCCCGGAAGGCGCUGCUGCAGGAGCAGGGGCUGCUGAGCAUGCCCCCGGAGCCGCGACCCUCCCCACUGCCCACGCCGUCGGUGGCCCUGCAGGGCACUGAAGCCACCAGCAGCGGGAUGCAGCGUCCAAGGAAUGAAUCGGGAGGUGCCUCGUGGCGCAGAAAGCCCACCCCCAGGGAGUCCGCGGGGCCCUGGCCCAGCAAGUGCGUGGCUAUUGACUGCGAGAUGGUGGGCACGGGACCCCGAGGGCGGGUGAGCGAGCUGGCCCGCUGCUCUGUGGUGAGUUACCAUGGUGACGUCCUCUAUGACAAGUACAUCCGGCCCGAGAUGCCCAUCGUGGACUACCGCACCCGCUGGAGUGGCAUCACUCGGCAGCACAUGCGCAAGGCCAUCCCCUUCCAGGUGGCCCAGAAAGAGAUCCUCAAGCUCCUGAAGGGCAAGGUGGUGGUGGGGCACGCACUCCAUAAUGACUUCCAGGCCCUCAAGUAUGUCCACCCUCGGAGCCAGACCCGGGACACCACUUAUGUGCCCAGCCUCCUCCACCAGCCUGGCCUCCACACCCGCACCCGGGUCUCGCUGAAGGACCUGGCCCUGCAGCUGCUACACAAGAAGAUCCAGGCCGGCCAGCACGGGCACUCGUCCGUGGAAGACGCCGUGACGGCCAUGGAGCUCUACCGGCUGGUGGAGGCGCAGUGGGAGCAGCAGGAGGCCGUCAGCCUCCCGCCCCAGCCCGAGGACCGAGAGCCGGACAGCAGCACGGACAUGGAGCAGUACAUGGAGGACCAGUACUGGCCCGAGGACCUGGCCCAGGGCGCCCGCGGGGGGACGGGGGAGGCAGGGGACAGAAGGGAGUGAGGCGGGAGAGGCCCCCAGGCAGCCUCCGAGCGGAGGAGUGGGGCGCGGGGGGGCCAGCAGAGCCCUGGGCAUGGCACCGCGGGCAGGGCAGGAUGUGGCCAGUCGGCUGCUGGCGUCCAGGGAGUUGGGACCAUCUGCCCUCUUGGCUCCCUCUGCCCAGGGCCGUUGUGGGCACUUACCCCCCACCCCACCCCCAGCCCUGUGGUUUGCUAAUGGCACUUUACAGACACUGUGAAAAUGUCAGGGCGGCAAGCUUGGAGGACCCAGUGGGAGGAGGCCGUGCUGGCAGGCCUUCCCCACCCCCGUGCUGUGCUGUCCUGGCGGGUGGUGUCUCCUCCCUGUGGUGGUCACUCAGCUCCGUGACUUGGGGUAAAGCUCUCUGCUCUUACUUUUCCUCUGCCUCUUCCUCCACAGGCGUUGUCAGGUUCAGAAUGAAUAUGUCCCUGAACCUGUAGAGUUGAGGCCACUCUGUGGGACAUUCCCUUCCUUUCUGUCUGAACUAGAACUCUGGCUGUCGCCAUAGUAGGAACCCAGCUAGGCUGUGACGGACAGCAGAGCGCCCAGGCUCGUGGGGAGGUGGCACCAGGACUCACCAGGCACUGUUGUGAGCGGGGGAAGGCGGAUGGGAACUUUGGGUGGAGAGGGUGGCGUAUUAAUUUUGACCCAACUCAGGCACAAGCCUGAGAAACAAGACAGAAGUUUGAGUUCUGGGACCCCUCUGCAAGGCCACCAGUGUGUAGGGGGCGCCAAGGACGUGUCCGCGGGGCGAGGGCCAGGCCAGGGCAGCCAUGUCCACACACGGGCUGGUGUCCCCUCAGGCACUUUGACCCACAGUUGCUGUGGUCACUGGGUUUUCUCCCAACUUUCUGGAUAGGUUCUCUGUCAGGAUCUCAUCUGCCACCCCUUUUUCCUUCUUUCCCAAGGGGCAAUUUGGGAGUAUUGAGGUUAACCAAGAGCUCAGGUCCACACUGACCUUUGAGCCCCAUCUUUGCUUGCCACUUAAUAGCUUUGAGACCUUGAGCGAAGUCUCACUCUUGAGCCCGUUUCCUCCUCUGUAAAAUGGGGAUGAUGCUACAGCCUACCUCAUAGGGUUGUCCUGGGGAUCAAGUGCUGAGUGCUCAGCACCGUGCCUGGCACGCUGUGUUUUCUUUAGGGAUCCGUUUCAGCCUCUUCUGGGUAUAACAUCUGAACCACGCCCCUGGAGUUGAGUGACUUUGCGACAAGGCUGUCCUCACUUGGCUGCUCCAGUGGGGGCGGGCUGAUGACAUAGCAUGGAGGUUCCCGGUCCUCGCUGUGCCCUGCAGCUGGGCGACCUGUGUACACUCAGCAUCUCCCUCCUCUGUGUGCAGGAAAUGACAAGGGUUCUUAUGUCAGUCUGACCCCAGCAGCAGGGCCAGGAACUGAGAGACACUACUGAAACCACACUACUUCCAAGUUGUCUGUCACCAGCUCCCUCCCCGACUGCAGGGCAGGGAGCCGCCUGAGGCAUUGACCUCUGCUGGCCUGGCUCCACGCUUUGUUCUGGAGUCCUUCAAAGUGUGUAGUCGGCGCCAAACUCCCAGCCCAGCCAUGCCAUAGUUUCUUUGGGCUAUGGGUUGAAGGGAGUUGGAGCUAUUACCAGUGGGAAAAUGUACUGGGUUUAAAAUCAGCUUUUUUGUAAAACCCAUUUGUUCUGGAAUAAAACUCAAUUA